AUUUGCAGUUAAAAAAACAUAUUUUAGAAAUGAUCUGGAGUGUGAAAUAUCUGGCACUCAUGAGCUGUGGCUCCUUAAUUAGUAUCGGUGAGGGGACACUCGGUGAGGGACCCGACCCCCUCUGUCUCCACCAGCACGACGAGCGCCACAGGAUCGAGCUGUUCGAGGGCGCUGGCUUCUCCAGGCAGUGUGUGGAACUCUGCGAGGACUGUCCUUUCAUGCAGGGGCACGGAUUCAGCAGCCACUGCGUCAACUCCGUCCGGGCCUUCGGAGACGGAGCCUUGGUGAUUUACGAGAAGCCCAACUACCGCGGCCGGACGUACAUCGUGGAAAGGGGCCACUACCCCACCCACAGCAAGUGGCACGCGCAGAGCCCCAACAUCCAGUCCAUCCGGAAGGUGGUGAACUGCUUUUAAAGCGCGUCUCUGGAAACUAAUGCCGCGUUUUGCCUCCCCAAAGUGUGGAACGACAAUAAAAUUCGUAGCCAAAUAAUAAGCUUGAUUAAAAACGUGCAGCUGUUCAUUUUUGUUGAAACACCUGCAUUAAAACUAAGUGGAUGGGACGACAAUCCAUACCCUAAAUAUUAGAAUAAUACGUUCUAUAAUGGAUAAUUUUUCCCCCGAUGUAGAUGUUUUUAUUAAAACUGGGUGCUGUUCAUUAUGGAAUUUGAACAAGCCUUUGUUGUAAUUCUGAAUUAAGGUGGUUUGAUAUCCUGGAAGAUUGAUUAGAUAAAUGUUAGGGUCCUUUAUUAAGUACGACUUGAAGUAGGCUAAAAUUUGCUUUAACAGAGUUAAAAGAAAGUAAAGACAUAUGUUUCGAUUGUUUAUUGAGUUCAUACAAAGUUUUACUUAGGCCUAAUAUAAUACGUAGAUUCUAGUUCGCCAAUAAAACGCAUGUGGUGAUAUACUUAAAGGUAUAUUAA